CUCUAACAGCCUGCCUCUCUCUCUUCUGUGUCAGGGGAGUGGGGCGUGUGCUGGUCGGAGCGAGGGUGCGGCCUGGGCAGCGAGGAACGGACAGUAUGGUGUGCUGAUGUCAGGGGACGGCCGCUGCCACCCACCCUCUGCAAGGACGCUGAUCGCCCCCCUAACUCCCGCUCCUGCUACACCACUUGUCCGGACGGCGAGUGGCUGGUGGGGGCGUGGUCGCCCUGCCAGGUUGGAGCGGACCGCGCCAGGGACGCCGAGGGAUUCUGCCACGGCCUGCGGAAUAGGUCUGCCAAGUGUCAAGUGGAGGGCUCCGAUGCUCCCCUGGACCAAUGCCCCCGGCCGCGGCCCUCCCCCGAGGCUGCCUGCAUCACCACCUGCCCCCAGGACUGCGUGGUGGGUCCCUGGGGGGAGUGGGUGCCUUGCUCCUCAUGCAAUACUUCUCAGCGUCGUACCCGCUCUGUGGUGGUUGCGCCGACCCAAGGGGGCAGCCCCUGUCCACCCCUGAGCGAGUCGCGGCCCUGCCUGGGUGACUGCAUUCCCUCUGAGGCCUCGCCGGCGUCCCCGCAGGAGGAGACAGAGCCAAUGGUGCGGUUGCGGGUGGGGGAGUGGGGCCCGUGCCAGCCGUCCCCCACCAUCCCCAACGACCCGCUUGAAGACGACUUGGAUGACCCGCCAGAAGACAACUCCAUUUCCUUCCCCGACAGUCAGGAGCAGGACGCCACCUUCCCCGAGGCGGCGGCGCUGCAGGCGGUGAAGGCGGCAGAAAGUGGCAGCAGCAGCGAUCCACACCUGGGCAGCUCCACUGCGCGGCCGUCACAAGCGCCCGAGGCGUGGAUUGACGUAGACCUGCCUCAAGUGGGCCGCCAGGAACGCGCCCUCACCUGUGUCCACCUGAACGGCACGCUGCUCUCGCUCAGCGUGUGUCUGGCUGGGCGAAAACGAGUGGCGGAGAGAGUGCGGACCUGUGUGGUGAACCGGGACUGCACAGUGACGCAAUGGUCCAGCUGGUCAACUGUCGUGCCAGGAUGCGUCGCCCCGAGUGGACUGGUGGUGAGGGAGGUGAGGGAGCGCCGGCGGACCAGCCCCUCCCUGCAGCACGGGGACGGGGUGCCCUGCCCUCACCUGCUGGAGCGACACACCCUGCCGGACCCCAGCCUGCAGCCCUGCGACACCAGGUACCAGUGGGUCAGCUCUGCGUGGGGGCCGUGCGUGGGUCAGGGCGCGCCCGUGACCUGUGGGGGCGGCGUACAGGAGAGGGAACUGACCUGCGUACGUGCAGCUGACCACGUGCCUGUACAAGACGACAUGUGCAUACACGUUGAGCCCCCGCCACGCGUGCAAAGGUGUGAGGUGGGGUGCGAGCGGGACUGCCAGGUGGGGCCUUGGUCAGCCUGGGGCAUCUGUACACCCACUGACUGUACGGCCUACCCUCCGCCCGCCACGCCAGGGUUUCGGCGGCGUCGGCGGCAAGUGGUGGUGACGCCGAGCCCGGGAGGUGCUGAGUGCCCGCCGCUGGAGGAACAGAGCGAGUGUCACGAGGCGCAGUGCCACCAGUGGGUGAUGGGGCCCUGGUCAGCCUGCCUCCUCACCAACCCUGCACACUCCUGCGGCAUCGGCUACCAGCUCCGCAACGCCUCCUGCCUCGACAGUGCCGGCGCCCCGACACCCCCCGAGGAGUGUGAGGCUGAGCUGGGGGCGGCGCCCAGGAGCCAGGAGUGCUACGUGCCGUGUUCCUACGACUGCGUGACGGGGUCAUGGUCGCCGUGGUCGCCCUGCUCACGGCCGUGCGCCAGUCAGCUGCAUGUGGGCUACACUCAGAGGAACACCAGCGUGGUGGCGCCCCCUGGCCCAGGAGGCAAAGGGUGUCCCCCUCCUGACGAGCUGACGCAGGUGGAGACGUGCCGUGUGGAACCGUGCGGCGGCGCGGCGUGGUCACCAGGACCCUGGGGGCGGUGCAGUCUGCCCUCUCGCGCCGUGUGUGGGCCUGGCCGCCAGACCCGCGAACUCUACUGUCGUGACCACCUCAACAACACCCUCCCCUCAUACAGAUGUAGUGGCAUGACUCGCCCUGAUGUAGAGCGGGCGUGCGAGGUGUCGUGUGGCACCGCCUGCACCGUCACCUCCUGGAGCGGCUGGUCUCCCUGCCUGGCCCCGGAUCCCUGCCCCAUGGACGGGGUGCUGGUGGCGUCCACGCAGCGGCGGUGGCGGCGCAUCCUAGUGGAGGCGAGUGAGGGCGGGAAUCCCUGUCCGGUGCUGCACGAGGAGCGAGGUUGCGCCCACGCCCCGGUCACCUGCACCACCCACCACUGGCGCACCGGACCGUGGUCACGCUGCGCCCUCGCCGAUGACGUGGAGUGCGGCAAGGGCUUCAGGGUGCGACGUGUCGAGUGUGUUGACGCCGCGGGUCAGGUGGUGGAGCCAACCCAAUGCCUGCUGGGCAAGACCAUGGUGCCGGAGAGCAGCGUGGAGUGCCACGUGGACUGCACGCGACCCUGUGUCCUCUCUUCAUGGUCGUCCUGGACACCGUGCCCUGCAAGGCCGCCCUGCGGCACCGCCUCCGUCAGGAAGAGACAACUCCUUGAUGCAACAGAAAGCAAUCCUGAGUGUCGCAACUUAACACUUCGGGAGUCGCGCGAGUGUCGGUGUCACAACUUUUACUCCACGCCGGCGGGUCCGUGGUCCACCUGCAUUGUGGGUGAGGUGACCAAGGACGAGGAGGUGGCGGCGGCGAUGGCGGCAGCAGCAGGAGUUCCGGGGCCGAGAAACGGGGCGGGCCUUUGCGGUGUGGGCAAGAGGUACCAGGCGCUCCUGUGCACGAGAGACGACGGUGUUCUGGCGCAUCCCAGCUCCUGCAACCACGCCGGCCUGAAGGAGGAGCCCUGCAUGGUGGAGUGCCCCUCAGACUGCCGCAUGGGCCCCUGGGGCACCUGGAGUGCCUGCAACGCUUCCUGCGGCGCAGGGAUACAGUACAGGAACAGAAAGGUUCUCGAGCCCAGUCUGUGGGGAGGACGUCCCUGCCCCGAGGCGCAGCAGCGGCGCGCCUGUUGGGGGUCGUGCAGCUCUGAGUGGGUGCCUGGCGGCUGGUCAGAGUGUCUGGUGGCUGGAGAGAAGGAUUGUGGUGACGGAACACAAACCCGCAGCAUCAGAUGCAUGAAGCAAACACUGACGGGUCUGAAACAAGAAGUGUCCCACAGUGAUUGUGACGCGGCCCUGCGCCCCCACACCCAGCAGGGGUGCCGCGUGUCCUGCCCCGGUCAGUGUGUGGUGUCCUCUUGGUCUGCGUGGUCGCCGUGCCCGACGGGCUGCUCGGAACACAUCAGGAGUAGGCAUCGUCAGGUGGUGCGAAGGCCAAUGUCAACUGGAGAGCCCUGCCCACCCCUGAAGGAGGAGGAGCCGUGUGUUCAAGGAGUCUCCUGUUGGCAGUACAGCUGGCACGUGGGCAACUGGACCUCCUGUGUCCCGCUGGGUCUCUCCCCUUGCGGCGAGGGCGUCAGGAAUCGGCCCGUCACGUGCCUCAGGUCGGACGGCGUGGCUGUGCCGGAAUGGAGGUGUCCGCGAGACACUCGGCCGUCGCCCUCAGAGACCUGGUGCUACGUGGACUGUCCCAUCGACUGCGAGGUGACCUCCUGGAUGCUGUGGGAUGACUCCAAGUGUUCGUGCGGGGAGAACCCGGGAGAGAUGACCCGUCGCAGAUUCCUGUCUGUCAACCCCAGUGAGUCCGGGCGGCCUUGUCCAUCCCUUCUGCAGGAGACCCGCCCCUGCCCCGCCAUUCCUUGCUACACCUGGGAACGCGGGCCGUGGUCACAGUGCCACCUGCAGGUACACGACGAUCCUGUGUCUAAUGCAUGGCGGAAGCUGCGGCCACGGUUACGUCGAGAGAAACGUGUCGUGCGUGGGUCCGGAGGUCAGGCGGUGGACUCCAACCUGUGCCUGGCACUGGUGCACGUCGGGGGACACACCUGGCCCUACCUGGCCCGCGCACUGGACCUCAACACCAGGGACGGCUGCUACGUGCCGUGCGAAGGCGACUGUGAGCUGACGGAGUGGGCGCCGUGGUCACACUGCCACCGCGACUGCUCCAGGGGUCACCAGGGCGGCACCCAAGCUCGGUCCCGCGCCGUGCUGACAGAGGGCACGUCGCAGCGGGACGGCGUGCGAGGCUCGUGUCCCGGGCCACUGUGGGAGACGAGGCCGUGCCUGGCGGGUCCCUGCCUUAACUUUACGUGGCAGAUCAUCAACGGCACCGUACAGUGUGUGCGCAGCGACGGUCUGGUGGUGACGGGUGGAUGUGCGGGCGAGUCACGUCCCUGCCUUCCGGAGUGCACGGUGCGGGGGUCCCUCUGCUCCGCCGUGGGGGCCUGCGUCUGCCGCUCCGGAAUGCGGCCGCUAUACUCAGAGAAGCAGCGGUUCCACCUCACCAGUUGCGUCCCCAUCCGUAACCUGACCUUCCCGCUGCCCCAGCCCUUCUCCGGCGUGAAGUAUCUGCCAGAAGACAUCAACGUGUGGAUGUUCGCCAUGGUGGGCGUCGGCAGCGCCUUCGUGGUCUUCGUGGUCAUAUCAAUGUAUCUCUUGUGCCAAAGUCCUCGGGAGCAUACGACGACGCCGCUGACGCUCAGACGCCAGAAGAACCUGCGUCACCGCGCCGUGUGAGGAGGGACGCCAGGGGGCACACUGACGCAGUCCACGCAGGAGUGUCCACCAGCAGAAACUUCU